AUGUGCCUGAGCUGCUGGAAAAACACACAAAAGAAGAUUAUUUUGCUCAGAGAGUGGAAGACCUGUGAUCUUGAAGCAUCGGCUUGGUUGAACCUCAGUAGCUGCUCAAUCAACUGUCCUGAGAACCAAAGAGUGACCAUGAUGCUGUUUCAUCUUCUCUUCAUGUCAUUGGUUUGCUCGGGAGUGUCGGUGGAGAACUAUGGAAAAUACUUCAUCACGGCAUUCCCAGAAAACAUUGCCUACUAUCAUCCACAGGAGUCCUCCAACACACUCCAAAUGACUGCUUUUUACGACGACACCCUCGUCUCGAUCACCAUCAACCACACAAACGUGUAUAACGAUACACUACAAUCUGGGCAGACUAAAAUUGUGCACUUUCCCAAGUACAUCGAGCAAUAUCGGUUCACAAAAUCCCUGUUUUUAGUCAAAGUCAACAGCACUGAAAAGAUUGUGGUGCUUUGGCUCAGUAAGCGCGGCGACAGCGUCCAGUCAAACUUCGUUCAACCUCUAAGAAACCUCGGAAAGUGGUAUUCGAUCCCAUUUAUCAAUUACAAUCAGAUGAUGGCGUCCUUGUACAAUAUGUCAGAUCAGUUAGCUCCGGACAACUGGAGAUACAAUUCGUUCAGGCUGAUCGUCAUCAACGCUGAGCACACCGUAAACUUCAUCACCGUCCAAAGUAUCAGCCCGGACGGUCAAAAAACAUUUAACAUUACUCUCAAGCCUUACGAACUUUACCAGAUCCAAACUAAUGGUUCAAACGUAAAACUGUACUCCAGUGCCAUCAUGGCUGUGCUGUUAACCCACCCUUGUGUAGAAACUACCGGAUGUGAUUGCAAUAUGGUGGUGAGCCACGUUCUCCCCCAAAAUCUGUGGGGUGACACAUUUGUUGUGCCGUCGUUGAAGAACCUGAAUACAGCGUGGCUUCAGGUGACUAACACGACAAAAAUAAGGCUCAAUGGCAGGAAUAUAAAAACUCAAGAGUCCAAUUCUUCAGAGCUUAUUCCCUUCCCAGACCUCAAGAGAGCAUCUCAGUUCAUCAGCGCAUCAAAUGAGGUGUCCAUCAGACUUAUCAGUCCAGGCCUCGUCUUAGAACUCAUACCAGAAACCAUGUUCGCUGCUUGUUACCUGGUUCAGAUCAACUCCACAGAAGGCGAGGCUGUUAUCAUAGCUGAAACAGCCAGUAAGAACAGUGUAUAUAUAGACGGCAAAGUACUAAAAUCCACUGACUGGAAACCCAUUCCCAAUUCAAACUACUCUUCAAUAUCUGUGUCGCUUAAUGGCAUGCAUGUCAUCUGGCAUCCAACCUCCAAGAUCGGAGUUUACAGGUUUGAGAAGAUGGAGAGUGGAAUUCCUUACGGAAGCCCGGCUAUCGUUUUAAAUGAAGACCCAGAUCGCGAUGGCUGUGUGGCAGAUUCUGCACAAUUUAUAACCACUACUGAUGUGAUGACAUGGCCCCAGUCCCAUCAUUACUGCCUAAAUAUAUCUUACCAGCUGAGCACACCAAGCAGCGAAAUGGCCCAAAAAGAGUUGACUAGUUUUCUGCAAAACAACGGAAGUCACGGGUAUCUCUGGAUUGGUCUGCGACGCAGUCUCUCCACAUUAGAGUGGUACUGGCAGAAAGGCAAUGACAGCGAAUACAGCGUGAGCUACACGAAGUGGGCUGAUGGGCAUCCGGAUAAGCCCUGGAAAGCUUUGUGCGCUGCUGUGUCCCAAGACGCCAACAAAGAGUUUUCCUGGAAGAGCAUGUCCUGUUGCACUAAGCUGAGGCCCAUCUGCUACAAACAGGGCAAAUACUUUAAUGAUAUGACCUUUAAUACACUGUAUGAUCAGUUUAGCAUUACUUACCCAAAGGUCUGUUCUUCUUGCCAAAAUUCCUAACAUGAAUUUAGUAACUGCGAUGAUAAUUCAUAUCACAAAAUUUAGUCACGGUUCUUAAUAAAAAAUCAUCGAAUUUGUUCAAUAUUCUCAUCAAUAUUCACAUUUAAAAAUAUACGGAUCUUCUGAAAACACAAUAUAACUACAUAUUAUUACUAAUAUAUGAUAUUUCAGGGCUUCAUGUUAUAUUAUUGCACAAACUACAGCUGAACAGCCUCUAAAACAUGACAACUAUCAAAACAUUAAUAUCUGAUGUAAUGCGAAGUGAUCUAAAAUGAAGACAAAUAAAAGUCAAAUCAACUUCUUUUGUAGGGGAAUACAAAUGUAUGUCACAAAAUCACAGUCCUCUUUCUUUCACCAAAGGCACCUUCAAGCCUAUUUAGCCUUAUGCCUGUGCAUUAUGGGUGUGUUUACCUCUGCUGGUUGACUUUUUUCAGCUCACCAUCGCCUUCUUUCUGUGAUGUCAUUUAGCUAAAUCACGGGUUGUAGUCUUUUAAUCACAGAAAUCUACAGACAUAAUCAGGCAAAAGUAAGCAUUUCAUUCAAUCAUAAACAUGGUUUUGCUUGUCAUUUUGCAUGACCU